GCGGGUCGGGCCGGUCUCCGGGUCAUUGUGCUCCGGUUCUCCCUCGGUUCUCCCUCGGUUCUCCUGCUGGAUAGAAGCCGGAGGAGGUCUUCUCAGACGGACUCUUUCCCUGCUGGAUCCAGCUAAUCUCCGUCACCAUGGGGGACUGGAGUGCUCUGGGUCGUCUGCUGGACAAGGUCCAGGCCUACUCGACGGCUGGAGGGAAGGUGUGGCUGUCGGUGCUCUUCAUCUUCAGGAUCCUGGUUCUGGGGACGGCGGUGGAGUCGGCCUGGGGCGACGAGCAGUCGGCAUUCAAAUGCAACACGCAGCAGCCCGGCUGUGAGAACGUCUGCUACGACAAGUCCUUCCCCAUCUCCCACGUUCGCUUCUGGGUGCUGCAGAUCAUCUUUGUGUCGACGCCCACGCUGCUCUACCUGGCUCACGUCUUCUACCUGAACCGGAAGGAGCAGAAGUUCAACCGAAAGGAGGAGGAGCUGAAGGCCGUGCAGAACGACGGCGGCGACGUGGACAUCCCGCUGAAGAAGAUCGAGCUGAAGAAGCUGAAGUACGGCAUCGAGGAGCACGGCAAGGUGAAGAUGAAAGGAGCGCUGCUCAGGACCUACAUCGUCAGCAUCUUCUUCAAGUCCAUGUUCGAGGUGGGCUUCCUGCUGAUCCAGUGGUACAUGUACGGCUUCAGCCUGUCUGCCGUCUACACCUGCGAACGCGCUCCGUGUCCCCACCGGGUGGACUGCUUCCUGUCCCGGCCCACCGAGAAGACCGUCUUCAUCAUCUUCAUGCUGGUGGUGUCUCUGGUGUCGCUGCUGCUCAAUGUCAUCGAGCUCUUCUACGUCUUCUUCAAGCGGAUCAAGGACCGGGUCAAAGGCAAGCAGCAGCUGACGCUGUACCCGAGCGGCGGCACGCUAAGCCCCGCCCCCAAAGAGCUGUCCACUACCAAGUACGCCUACUACAACGGCUGCUCCUCGCCCACCGCCCCGCUGUCGCCCAUGUCGCCGCCGGGCUACAAGCUGGCCACCGGGGAGCGGGGCACCGGCUCCUGCCGAAACUAUAACAAGCAGGCCAACGAGCAGAACUGGGCCAACUACUCCACGGAGCAGAACCGGCUCGGCCAGAAUGGCGGAGGAAGCACUAUUUCCAACUCCCACGCCCAAGCCUUCGACUUCCCCGACGACACCCACGAGCACAAGAAACUGUCCUCGUCGGCAGGACACGAGCUGCAGCCGCUGGCGUUGAUGGACGCCCGGCCCUGCAGCCGGGCCAGCAGCCGCAUGAGCAGCCGGGCCCGGCCGGACGACCUGGACGUCUAGAACCGGGCUCCGCCACCACCUCCGCCCAGCUGGGGCCUGGCCAAUCAGGACACACUUGAUGACAUCAGAGGCGGGACUAACCUCAGUCUGCAGUAGAGACUCUUAGUCGGUCAAAGACUCGGUAACACUGUCAAGGUACAACAUCUGCAACUCUAGAGGCCUUAACCCAGAACCAGAACCAACAGGGACGCUCCUUAGAACCACAUUGGUUCCCUGACUGACUGACUGGGUUGUAACUUGCUGAGAUUCCAUGUUUGGUUCUGUCCCGUUGGUUCUUCCAGCUGAGGUGUUCUGGCAGCUUUAGAACAGAGUCAGACCUUUACUGUCCCACAAACACUGAGCGGUUCUUCAUGAUCAGACUCCAGACCUGAACAUCUGAACUAAUCUCAACUAACCCAGACUAAAUGAAUCUGGUCCAGGUCUGGUAAAGACCCCCUUUAGAUCAACUCUGUGGUGUUAGAGAAUGAAGCUCAGAACAUCUCAGCAGGUCUCUGGUGGAGAAUAAACAAAUAAGAACCAGCUUUAUACUUUAACCCGUUUCCCCUGAAGCUGAACCUUUGAGAGUUUCCAUCAGAACUGUUCCUGUAGAACCAGUUUUCUUGCUGUUAGUUCCUCCAGGUUCAGUUCUUCUGAGCAGCCUUCAAACACGGACGUUAAACUCAGAGAGGACAGAUCUGAGUGGUUCUGGUCUCUGUGAGUUCUUCAUGAAGCUGCUGGAUAUCCGAUGGAACCAGAAACACUGAAAGGUUCUUCAGAUAAAGAUCAGUUCUGGUGAUCUUCAGGUUCCAGGGUUUAAACUGUGAGAUCUAAAUGAUUAAUUAUCAAAUAUUAAAUUCACCUCCAGCUGCUUUGAUUCAUCAGUUUGAGUAGAAACAUUUAAAUUUAGUGAAUAUUUCAGGUUCUUCGCUCUGACAGUAAACUGGAGAUCUCUGGACAGAACCAGACAUUUAAAGAACUCUGAUCCACAUUUUUAACUCUAGUCUGACAUCUUAGAACCAAACAGUCGAUGGAAUGACAGAUGGAUGGAGCUUCUGUUCUGAAGCUGGUCUGAACCUGAGGGAACACCUGAGAGCUGCUCUGAUGUUUUUAUGUAAUUAAGUCAGAUUUAUUUCCAUCCAUCCCUGAGGUGAUUUACAGAAAGGCUUUCUUACGUUUGCUGGUAUUUAUUGUCCGGCUUCGACCACUAAGAGGAGUAAUUGACUACUAUCCAGAUCGUAGAAACAUCUUCCACCAUCAGCCCCUCUAACUGUGUAUUUAUUGACAUCUCCUUUGUUUCUUGUGUCUCAGUCAGCAUGGGCUGUUAUUUCCUGAGAAACUUUGAAUUUUUGUUCUGUUGUGUUUCGUGUGUGUGGGUGUGUCAGGAGGCUGGUCUGGCUUCAGAAGGUUCUAGCAUUCCAUGAUUCUCCUCCAUCUCCUGAGAGGAACGCAGCAGAGUGGUUUUCAUAUUUGCGUGAGUGAUUUUUUCGUUCUGUAGGUUUUGUUUUGUCUUUCAGACUCGAUGUAACCAUUGCUGCUUGACAAUAGAGAUUAGUACUGUAAAUCAAGCUAACUGUCACAGUAAAAAUGUGAGUUUUAGAAGACUGCUUCUAGAUCUGGACUAAUAUUUAGUCAUUAUAUGAGAUGUAUGCCCAUGUAGCUCCACCACCACAACCCCUAGGAUAAAUCUGGACUCUUCUCUCUGUGCUGGAAUGGUUGAACUUGGUUUAGUCGGUACUUACAGAUGUCAUGGAUCUUCAGCUACAGUGGCGUUUGCACUGAGACGUUGGUGAUGGAUGGAGAUGUAAAAUGAUUCACCAGGAAGAGCUUCAAGAGUUUAGACAUGUUACUAAUUUAUUUUAUAACAGAAUCACUCCAGUGCAUAAUCUGAGAGCAGUGAACAGACGAUCCACUGUUGUACAGGAAACAACUCCUUCAUUGUAUCUGUGAAAAGCUAUUUUAACCAAUAAAUAUGUUUCUGUCUUCA